GUAGUCCAGCUUCUAUUGUCUCAUUCGUCGUCUUUCCCUUGGCCUUUUCCUCACGGUUUAUCCUCGUCGCAGCUGCCGACAAUCCAAUAAAGACCGCAAAGAUAGGGUCAGCGACCCGAGAAAUAAUGUAUGUCGGCGCAGGCAUUAUCGCAAUGUCGACUUGAAUCUCUACCUUUGCUUUAUUUAAGCUGCUGGUGAGAACUACUCAUUAUAUCGCUCUCACCACUAAGAACGGGUUGAUUCAGCAAAAAGAGAGGCGCGCACGUGCCCCACUCUCGAUAAGCAAGCGCAAUCUCCACGUGACAUGGCACCUGCGAGUCGCUUGCCCCAAAUCGACAGCCCACAAACCCCAAAUUUUGCACCAAAUUCCCGAUCACGGUUAUUGACGACGAAAUCCCUUACCCUUCCCAGCACAUAUCCGACCACCCACAGGCAGGACAAAAUGAAGUUCCUCAAGGUCGGCCGAGUCGCCAUCAUCACCCGAGGCCGAUAUGCCGGCAAGAAGGUCGUCAUCAUCCAGCCCAUCGACAACGGCAACAAGCCUCACCCCUUCGGCCACGCCAUCGUUGCCGGCAUCGAGCGCUACCCCUCAAAGAUCACCCGUCGCAUGUCCAAGACCCGACAGGAGAAGCGCAGCAAGGUCAAGCCCUUCAUCAAGGUCAUCAACUACAACCACCUGAUGCCCACCCGAUACACCCUUGAGCUCGAGGGCAUCAAGGGCACCAUCUCCGCAGACACCUUCAAGGAGGUCAGCCAGCGAGAGGACGCCAAGAAGACUGUCAAGAAGGUUCUGGAGGAGCGAUACACCAGCGGCAAGAACCGAUGGUUCUUCACCCCUCUGAGAUUCUAAAUUAAAAAUCGUUUUCUCCAUCACGGUUUGGGAGUUGGCGGGAUGUAAAGAGCAUCGAUUGGUACUUUUAAGGAACCACGGUUUAUGGGGUCAAAUAUGAUGUUCAUUAUCAAAAUUAUUCACAUGUUUUUUCUUUAAUACGUGAAUGUUUCUCGUUGCCAGUGACGUGGGACUCGAAAAAAAAGCGAUAUUUUG